CGCGAUGUGACACGUCUAACGCUUAGGCCUGGGUUGGCAGCGUAGCUGAAAUAAUUGCCCAGACGACCCCCUCUUUAUUAACUUCUCCGUUGCUCGCGCUCCCUUCCCGCUUGCGGCGGGCGAGGCUGUGGGUGUUGAGCACGCCGGUGACAGAUAGCGGCAUCCGGCAUCGGCAAACGAACCCGUCGGGGUGGAAUGUUGCAGGAUUUUAUGGGAGCAGUCUGUGCAGUGCUGGAUAUCCAAACUGCGGGUUUGAUGGAAUCAUCACGGAUUUGUUCUGAUUUUCAACUUCUAUCGCAGCAGUUCCCUUGUCACCAAAUUUUAUUUCUUUUGUACAGAGAAGUGGCUUGGACAAUAGGUGACAUGAGAUGCCCUUGGGGACAGUAGCUGGAUGGUUGUUGUGUUGUGUCAUCCCCUCAAAUUUCUUGCCCUAUAAAAAUGUCCAUCACUGGUAAAACAUCCAGGAUCAAGACUGCUGGUUUUCAGCUCUAGAUCUCAUCUCCCACCACAGAAUAAGACCUGUUUUCAUCAAGGUCUGAGUUGCAUGUCUGUCAUUUAAUAACCAGACUCCAAGGUUCCAUGCUUUAGCCGUGUCUGGGCCAAGCACUUCUAGUCCUCCAGCCUGCAAAAUGGACCACUUAAUAUAAAAAAUACCUAGAUUUUGCAUGAGCUAUCCAAAUGCACCCUGUAAUUCAGGGCAUCUUGUCCAAGCUAAUGCAAAGCAGCACUGUGGGACCAUAUGAAGACUAAAAUGUGAGUGAGUCUCCAGCAUGCGUGUGCUUCCCACUGCUUCCGCAGGCAGCAGGACUGCUGUGGUGGUACCAGUCUCUGCAAAUCGUGGAAAAUCAUCCUGGUAUGGGUCUUGCUGUGGGAUUUGCUGCCUGGGGUCUCCUCACGCCACCUGAACCUGUGGUGUGGUAGGUGUGCUGUCCCUGGCACAGUGGAGGGAGCACUUUGGGAGCCUGGUGUCCUGCUGGGGAUCGUGUGUGUAGAAAAAAGAGGCUUCAUUUUCAAAUCAGAUUAAUACAGUCUCUUUUAAGAUCUUUGGAUAAAUUGGACCACGAUUUCUGUUAAGUGAGAGAAAGAGUGAGUCACUUCACUAGGAGCAGAGAGCAUUAUUCUCCGGUCAUUCUGGGCUGCCAAGGCAAUACAGACGGUCACGAAUGUGAUGGCCAGGUCCUUUACUGCAGGAAAUAGAAAAACCAUUCACAGAAACUAUAUGGAGAGAGGAAGUGUUUCGUUGUGCUACAAAGGAGAAUGUGAUCAUUGUUUUGUCUUGAAAUGUAGCUACAAUACAGUAUCAAAAUUCAGUUGGCAAUCCAUCUCCCUUACAAACAUGGGAAGAUUUUAUCACAACGAUGUCUAGCUGGGCUUUGCUCUAUGUGUAAGAAUGAUACUGUGUUCUGUGCUCAUUGUGCUCUUUUGAGGAACUCGAUCUACAAGUGAUAAAGAUGCUGAAAGUGCAUUCCAGCGGGAGGAACAUGAAGCUCAUUGUUAAUCAUUUCUGUGUCCCUGUUUUAUUUUGUGGAGGCAAGUAAUAAAAAUGGAGUGUAACGAUUCAAAACAUCGAGAAGCUUCUAACCCUAGUCAGUUCUGCACUGAAAUCAGAUGGUGGUGUCUGUGGCCUUGCACAGAGGGCACAGAUUUGGGGAGGUGGGGGCCGGGGGCUGCAGCUCUCCCGCGGCUGCUGCUCCUGUCACAUGAUGCUCUGCACAGUCCCCUGCUCGCACUGCAGCUGCCUCGCUUCCGUGUGCCACUCACAUCUCCCCUCUUCUUGCAUCACUUUUAUUCUGGUUUAGCUCUGUUGGCGUUAAGUGGAGUUGAUGAUCUGCUGUGGCACAGAUGGAUAAUGGGAAUUCAUUGGAUCAUCUGGAUGUGUUACUUUGUUGGUUUGUCUCUUAUUCUGCUUGGUGUGCUUUGGGUAAGGAAGGAGGAUCUCCGGUGUGAAAGUCUGUUCUGAGGUGGUGUUACUGCCUAAAGAGCUGAAAUGGAACUGAUAUUAAACAAAAACCCCCAAUGCCCCCACUAGCCCCCUAAAGCACAGUACAGCUGUUGGAUUCUGGCCAUAAAAACCUGGAUGUUGAUGUCUUUUUACACAUAACUUUACACAGCUCUCAUUUUUUUCUUAAAAAUGAUUGCUUUCAUUGGAGCAGUCUUUGUAGAAGGACAACCAGGACUUGUACAUGCAGAUUUUAUAAUAAUUCUGUUUGGUAUUCUUGCAUAAGAGCAUUCUGCAGGCUUGGCUUUUGUGGCUAAGUUGCACUGUUGAAGCACAAAAGCUCUGUUCAAGAUGUGUAGUUUUUGAACAGGCUGGAAACAGAGGUGUGGUAUGGAGUAUGUGUUGCAGCAGGAGGAGACAGUUCAAAGGAGUGGACCAAGUUGUGUGUGGGAGCUGCACUGAGGGUCAAAUGGAGGUCUGGUUCUGUAAAGUAUGUAAGGAAGUUGCCAAUACAAAUAUUACCUUGCAGCUUACAUGUGCUGAGAGAACGCAGCACAGCCCUGCAGCAGGGAUGGAACGGAGUAACCAUCAAUCUGGUUCCCUGAGGAUGUCAGUCAGGAAAGGAAGUGUGCAAUGCCAGAAAGCCUGGAUGGAACUGCAGGUUUAGAGGACUUGUUGUUUGAGGUAUUUUUAAUUAUUGCUAUUAAUGUAAUGGAACACAGCCUAAUAGCUGAGUUUUAAAAAUAUAAUUAAAGCAGAAGUCAGCAGAGGAAUUUCUCUGCUGUGAGGCAGAGGCACAGUUCAGGAGCAGUACCUGCUCAGGAAGGUGAAUUCCCAGAGUGAUGAUCCAUGCAAUUCCCAAGCUUGCUGGCAGCUCCCAGCAAACACCGGUUUGGAGGGAAGAAGUGAACCGAAGGGAUCAGAAAGCUUUCCCAAGCUUGUCCUGCAUUCCCUUUUGUCAGAGUACAGUUCCAGUUGGAAGGCAGCCAUUGGCACCUUGGCCGAGGAUGGGAACAGGCUGCAGAGUGUGACGACAGCUGCCCUCCAGAUCGGGCACUGGCCUCAGCUGCCAUUUGGGCCAGCCAGUAAAUCAUUUGGCUCGCUGGAAAGAAGCCUCUCCAUCCCAUUGCUCUACAAUGCAGCUUGAUGUUAGCUGUUCCAUUUCAAAUUAAUGAGUGUACAUAAAAGAGUUAAACGUCAGUUGUUGUCAGAGGAAAGAAAGAAAAAUCGUUCUUGUAACUGGGAUGCUUUUCAGGAACUUGGCUGCUGGGAAGGCGAGAGGCAUGUGCUUUUCCACCCUGCUUUAGGUGAUGGCUUAGUUCAAGGGGGCCCAGAUUUGGCUCAGUCAACAGUUGUGUUGGCGUCUUGCCAUCAAAUGUGCAUAAAAUGGAGCUGACUGCAAUUCCCUCCUCACUCUAACAUGGAGGGGCAGCCGGAGGGACCCGAGGCCGCCGUGCCGGUGCCGUAGCUUGGCUUGGCUGUGAGGGUUACCCUGGGAUGUGCAAUCCCUGCAGCACAAGCUGUUGCAUUGUGACUGGGUCGUUGCUUUCGAGUCCCUGGGUUGUAUUUUGGUGUCUUGUCAUAACUGAUGCAUUUCAGCCCUUGUUGUGCCUGUGCUCCUGAAAUCUCUCUCCUUUCUCACAGUGGCUUACGUGCUUUUCCAGAUGCAGGAGGUUCAUCUCUCAUUUGCAGACUCUUCCUAUGAUUCUGUGGCUUAUUCACAUUGCCACAAUAUCGAGAUAAAACACAACUGGCAUUUUAGCUCCUCCAAGAACAUUGUGUGUAAAUAAACCACUAAAUAGUUCAGCCUGUGAAAUGUAAAUACACACAACUCACUGCCACAGCUGAUGGUGUUUUUCUGUCUCCCUUCUACCCUCCCACCCCUGCCAAGAGUGGGCCAGCCUGAUGUUCUUUUUUCUCUUGCUCUUUCAUACAAAGCAAAUGACUGCUAAGUACCAUGUAGGUGGUAUGCAAGCACCACAACAGAUUCAUGAUUUGAAUUUGGAUGAAAAGAAACACUUGUGUCCUCUUCCACAUUGCUUCUGCACCAUCUUCUGGAGAUUCCUGGACUCUGAUGACCCAGAAAUUCUUCUUUGGUCUGACUUUGAGCUUGAGCCUAUUUCUAAUAGCAAACUAGUGAAGUCAGUAGAAGAGCAGAGGCCCAACUGUGAUGACAUUUUUAGCCUGUGCCCUUUGUUCAUUCUAUACACAAAAGGUCGCGAACUGCAGUGAAAGAGGGAUCAUGGAGGGCGCAGAACAGACAAAGGUGGAACAAAUUGUCAGUGGCAGAAACAUAAAGAAGAGAAGCGAAAGUUUUGUGUGCUGUAGGCGAUUGAAGGCCACGUGCAUCCCAUGGUGAGAUCAUGUCUCUUGUGUUCAAAGUGAGUCCGCCCAGAGGGAAUUCAGAGGAGUCUGCUGGUGAGGUGUGGCUUCCAUGAUCUCAGAGUAGGAGGCAGGAAGGGACUACACGGUUUCCAUGGCAUGAUGUUAAUGAGCACCUCCGCAUUUUUCUGAGAGAAAAGAUGCCAAAGCUGCAGUUCUGGAUACAGACAGGUGUGCUUUUAAGCGAUAAAAGGAUUUUUAAAGACGUCUGAAACAUAUGAAAAGCCUGAUUUUACAGACGAAGCACUUACUUGAAGUUAAAAUAAUGGGAUUGACACUGCAUGUUGUAUUUUUCAACUCAUUUGACUCAGAAUGGAGUUGAAUUUGUGGUGUUGCCACAGGAAAUCAUGAGACUGUUCUGCUGAGAUGUCACAGCUAAGCCUGGUAAACCUUAGCCAAAAGACAGCAAACCAUAGGGAAGUGGAGACGUGUGUGAUGACUGAUCUUGCCCUAAAAGAAAUCAUGUCAUCAGGGGGAGCUGAAGAUGAUAUUCCUCAAGCAGAGAGAAAAACGGUGACAGACUUUUGCUACUUAUUGGAUAAAUCUAAGCAGCUCUUCAAUGGCUUAAGGGAUUUACCUCAGUAUGGGCAGAAGCAGUGGCAAUCCUAUUUCGGGCGAACAUUUGAUGUUUACACCAAGCUCUGGAAGUUCCAACAGCAGCACCGACAAGUAUUGGACAAUCGGUAUGGGUUGAAGAGGUGGCAAAUUGGGGAAAUUGCUUCCAAGAUUGGGCAGCUCUAUUACCAUUAUUACUUGCGCACCUCUGAAACCAGCUAUCUCAAUGAGGCUUUCUCCUUCUACUCAGCAAUCAGGCAGAGGUCCUACUACUCCCAAGUCAACAAAGAAGACAGGCCCGAAUUAGUGGUUAAGAAGCUGCGUUACUAUGCAAGGUUUAUCGUGGUUUGUCUCCUGCUCAACAAAAUGGAUGUUGUGAAGGACCUUGUAAAGGAGCUGUCAGAUGAAAUUGAAGACUACACUCACCGUUUCAAUACUGAAGAUCAGGUGGAGUGGAACCUGGUUCUUCAGGAAGUGGCAGCAUUUAUUGAGGCAGACCCUGUCAUGGUUUUAAAUGAUGACAACACCAUUGUAAUCACCUCUAACAGGCUUUCUGAGACGGGAGCUCCGUUGCUGGAGCAGGGGAUGAUAGUGGGACAGCUUGCUCUUGCAGAUGCGCUCAUUAUUGGGAACUGCAACAACCAGGUCAAGUUCAGUGAAUUAACAAUCGACAUGUUCCGAAUGCUGCAAGCCCUGGAGAGGGAACCGAUGAACCUGGCGUCACAAAUGAACAAACCUGGAAUGCAGGAGUCAACAGAGAAACCAGCCAGGCGGGAAAACCCCCAUAAAUACUUACUUUAUAAACCAACUUUCAGCCAGCUAUAUACAUUUUUAGCAGCAUCAUUUAAGGAGCUGCCUGCAAACAGUGUGCUGCUGAUUUACCUGUCUGCCACGGGCGUGUUCCCAUCAGGUCGUUCGGAUAGUGAAGGUCCGUACGAUUUUGGGGGUGUGCUGACCAACAGUAACCGGGACAUUAUCAAUGGGGACGCGAUCCACAAGCGCAACCAGUCCUACAAGGAGAUGCACUGCCUUCACCCUGGAGAUCUCUACCCUUUCACCAGAAAGCCCCUGUUCAUCAUCGUGGACUCUUCCAACAGCGUUGCCUACAAGAAUUUCACAAACUUAUUUGGACAACCAUUGGUGUGCUUGCUUUCUCCAACAGCAUAUCCAAAAGCAUUACAAGAUCAGUCUCAGCGGGGUAGCCUCUUCACACUCUUUCUGAACAAUCCGUUAAUGGCAUUCCUGUUUGUCUCUGGAUUAUCAAGCAUGCGCCGAGGAUUGUGGGAGAAGUGUCAGGAUUACCUCAGAAAAAUCAACCGGGACAUUGCCCAGCUGCUGACCCACUCCCGGUCCAUAGAUCAGUCCUUUCUUCAGUUUUUUGGGGAUGAAUUUCUUCGCUUGCUUCUCACAAGAUUUAUCUUCUGUUCGGCUACUAUGAGGAUGCACAAAAUCUUCCGGCAGGAGACUCGAAAUUAUCCUGAAUCUUAUCCUCAGCUGCCAAGAGAUGAAACGGUGGAGAACCCUCACCUCCAAAAGCACAUUUUGGAGCUGGCUUCCAUACUGGAUGUUAGGAAUGUUUUCCUGGAAAACACACUCGAUGACUAUUAAAAGAAACUGUCUUACUGCAAAGGGGAUUCCCUGGCCACAGAUUUUGAAUGGUGCAGUUUUAUAAUGUGAAAAUCAUAAAAGGAAGUACUUGAUUUUAUUUUUAAAUUUAGGACCAUUAUUUUAAAAAGUAAUAAUAAACAGCUGCUAGUUGAGCUGU